GUUGACGGCACGCGUCUCAUCGCGUGAACGCGACUCCCACUGACGCCAGAUAUUCUGACCGCGACCAGCAGGGCCUGACUCUGCAUGCAGGCCGUACAACGAAACGUAGGGCAGUCGCCCCAGGUGAAAAUAUAUAAUGCUGUCUAUUCGUCGGUUCAGGUUUAUGAAUGUAUGGUUAGAGGCAUCGCUGUGAUGCGCAGACGCGGUGAUUCGUUUGUCAAUGCUACUCAGAUUCUCAAGGUCGCGGGUAUCGAGAAGGGUAGGCGCACUAAGAUCCUCGAGAAGGAAAUUCUGCCAGGUAAGCAUGAAAUUGUUCAGGGUGGCUACGGGAAAUAUCAAGGAACAUGGAUUCCACUGGAGCGAGGCCGCGACAUCGCUGCGCAGUAUGGUGUUGCUCCUCUACUAGCUCCUUUGUUCGAUUUCACACCUAGCACAAACACCCUUGGGUCGCUCCCAACGGUAUCCUCAACCGCAUCUCCGCGACCUCUCUCUGCUGCAUCAUCCUUCCCAAAUCUCGGUACUUCUGGAGGCUACUCACAAUCGGGUCUAGCUCCACCUCCCAUCAUGCCAGGUUCUGCCCUUCGCCUCUUGAACCAGGGGCGCGCCCAAGGCCUAUUUACUCCAUCUACAUCUUCCCUCGCUCCAACAAGACAAUCGACAUAUUCUUCGACACCAUAUCAGAGUGGCUACGUGCAGUCAUCAUCCUCUGGAGGAGGAGUGUCCCCAACACCACCUCCAAUCCAGUCCCUGAAACGAGCCCGGUCUGAUUCUGAGGUAGUCCCAACUACACAACAAUCUGUUCCUACUCAAAGAUCUUCACACCCAUUGUUGGAAGCACCAGAUAUACAAAUAUCCGAUCGAUCUCGGCCGCCUUCUGUUGUGACUCAAGCGAACGAUGAAGACGGGCCAUCCCCUACAAAACGCGCUCGUAAAGAGCCUACCCCACAACCAGAUGCAUCUCAAGCAUCUCGCAGAACGUUAUCUAGCGCAUCAAUCAUGUCACAGUCAAUGGCAGCUCUCCCUCCGACUCGUCCACAUUCACGCGUCAAUGUCAGUUCGCCACAUCCGAACAAUUCUGUCUCGCGUCCACCGAGUAUAUCGACGAUUGCAAGUGGCAAGUUAAUUGAUGGUACUGACGUUGACGGUACUGGUCUUCGCUUCUCCACCAAACCCCAUACUCUUCGCGAUCCCUCUGCUCUUCGAGACGCCCGUCGCACUAGGCUCAUUGCUGCAAUUUGUCGACAAGAUGACCCCGUGCCCGUACUCGACCUUUUGCGCGAAUUAACACCCGACAUGUCUUCUCCAAUUGAUAUAGAUACCAUCCUAGACGACAAGGGUCACACUGCUCUGCACCUUGCUGCGAGCAUGGGCAGACAACAGACUGUUUCUCAACUCAUAUCCGCUGGCGCAGACAUCCACCGCGGCAACUUUGUCGGCGAAACACCGCUCAUGCGUGCAUCUAUUGACACGCACAACUUCGAUCAACAAUGCUUCAAUCUCCUUAUCACCACUCUGCACACCUCCAUCCGCACGCUUGACACGUCCAGAAAAUCUGUGUUACAUCACAUCAUGUACUUGGCGGGUAUACAAGGACGCGCGGUCUGUGCUCGAUAUUACCUCGAUCAGAUCUUCUUGUGGAUAGCACAGAAUCAGUGUGGCGAUUUUAAGUCCCUCGUAGACUUGCAAGAUGAGUACGGAGACACAGCUCUCAACAUCGCCGCACGUGUAGGCAACAGGGCUUUGGUGAGAACGCUCAUUGACGUUGGGGCUAAUCGAGUAUUGCCCAAUAAAGUGGGUUUGCGGCCUGGUGACUUUGGCGUUGAAGUCGAGGAGCUUAAUGGUGGUGCACGAGCGGACGACAUUCUCGCAUCACUACGUUCUGGACCUUCAGCACCUAUCCAGAAGAGCCAGGACAUAAUUGCAGAUAUGACGUCGAUGAUCCAAGAGCUUAGUACCGAAUUCUCCACUGAAAUCAAAGCAAAACAAGACUCACUUGAUGUGACGCAAGCCCACCUUCGGGCAGCCACACGCGAGCUUUCCGAACAGCGGAAGCAAAUACAGCUGUGCCAAAGCCGAUGUGGAGAGCUUGAUAAGGUUCAUCAGCGGAUACGGAAUCUCGAGAAAGCUAUCCUAGAUGAAGAUCACUUCGACUGGACAGGUCGUACAGAUCUAGUGGGCCGGGAUGGCCGCGAGACGGGUGGACCUGCCUUUCAAUGGCGUGGACCUAGUUCGACGAUGUCGGGUAUGCCAGGAUCAAUGGAUAUUUCGUUCAGCGUAGAACCAGAACCCCCAUCACCUACCGGCGAUUCUAUCUCAACCUUGAUACGACUACGGCGGCUGAGAAGCUGGCACAUAAGGAUGGAAGAUCUCAUGCAAUCGCGACUAAGAUCCUUGCAGGGCGCGAGCGCUGACAAGGAAUAUCAAUGUAAGAAGGUGGUUGCGCUGUGCACAGGUAUCCCUAUCGAUAAAGUGGAGGAUAUGCUGGAAAAUCUUGUUGUGGCAGUCGAGAGCGAGGCACAAGUUGUGGAUAUAGUUCGCGUAGCUGGAUUUAUGCAGAAGGUCAGGGAUGGACUUAUAUAAUUUCAUUUAUUGGCUCCGGAUCCAGAAGAUCCGUUUCAACCGAACACUAUGUGCUGCUCUCGCAUCCGUAUAAUACGCCUGCCAGUUGGGUCAGCCCGCAUUUGUAUCUCUCAAGUAACAAUUAUUAUCACGAGCAAAGCAUUAUUAC